AUGACCUCCCGCCUAGAGCACGGUGAUGAAGGUACUGAGGUGAUACGCGUACCUACCCCGACUGUCGAAGGUUACUUCACCAACGCCUUUUGGGAGCGCAAAUCCAGUGUAUACUCGGCUCGAGUCGUGACUGCGCGGACCAUGCCAUGGUGGGUCGUGGACAAUAGCAACCAUAUGAUCUCAGUCUAUGAUCCGAAGUUCAUAGAAAUGCGUGAGGAUUCUCUUGAUAGAGCUGCGGUCUUCGAGUUCCCUACUGAGCAGGAAGAUGCUGCUGACAUAUUCCAGGAUGCACGAGGUAUCUGGGCCCAAGUAGAUUGA